UCAGCCUCAGAUCCUCCAGAGCUGGGGGGAGAGAACAUAGAGUCUCGCUGCAAUGAGGGGGUGCACCAGCCGAUGGAUUCUACCCCUGCUGCUUUUGGGAUUUCUGCAGCCUCAACCUGGGACUGCAGAUCUGCAGGCUUCCUGCAGCAGCUCGACAGACGGCACUAUCUAUGAUUAUGGUGCUCUCAUGCUGGAUGGGAGUCGAUACGUCUCGUUCCAAGAGUAUGCAGGGAAGAACGUCCUCUUUGUCAAUGUGGCAACCUACUGAGGACUCACCCUGCAGUACCUGGAACUGAAUGCACUACACGAGGAGCUGAGACCCUAUGGCUUCAUCAUCCUGGGGUUCCCCUCAAACCAGUUUGGGAUGCAGGAGCCUGGGGAAAAUAAUGAAAUUCUGUCCACUCUGAAGUACAUCCGUCCAGGGGGUGGAUUUGUUCCAAAUUUCCAGCUUUUUCAAAAGGGAGCUAUAAACGGGCAGCAUGAACAGAAAGUCUACACCUUCCUGAAGAACAGCUGCCCGCCGGUUGGUGACAGCUUUGGUAAUCCAACGAACCGGCUGUUCUGGGAGCCGCUGAGAGUGAAAGACGUCAAGUGGAAUUUCGAGAAGUUUCUGGUGGGUCCGGAUGGCAAGCCGGUGAUGCGCUGGUACCCCCGAGUGAACGUGUCUGCUGUGAGGAAGGACAUCCUUGAUUACCUGCGCCGUCAGGCCUCACAGAGGAGGGUUAGUGUACAGCUGCCUGUGCUGGAACCCUGGAAAAAAUAAGCUUCAAACAAACACACUAAACACAAUGGCACGCUUUCCUUUGAAACAGAUAGCGCUUUUUUAUUUUUGACUCCGAAUAGCAUCCGUUCCCCACUAGCGGCAAGCAAAACUGAAGUAUAAAAAAAUGAAUAAAAAAAAAAUGCUUCCCAUCCUCAAAUCUUAUGGGUAUAGUCACAGUUCCUAUACAACCCACUCUCAUUAAAACAGAUGAUAUGAUUUCAGUAUUGAAAUGAGAGGCAUGCUUGCUUACAGGUUUUAUUGCAGAAAGGGAGUGCCAAAUCUAGAACAGAGAAAUAUUUUGCAGAGCCAGAGUACAAACAGAAAGGAGAGCAAUAUGAACAGUCUUUAGAUGCAAAUCAAGAGGGUUGAAUAUAAUAAGAGUGGGCUGUAUUCACAGAGACCAGGCUGCACAAUGGAAUCCUAUCUGUUAUACUUUAACAAUAUAUAGAGACAAAUAAUUUAAAAACCUGUAAUAUAUAUAUAUAUAUAUAUAUAUAUAUAUAUAUAUAUAUAUAUAUAUAUAUAUAUAUAUGUUGUUGUUGUUGCUUGCUGGCUUAUGUAUUGCUGGAGGCCUCGCUAGGGGGUGCUGGUGUGAAAGGGUGCGUGUCAAUGAAGGUAAGGCCUGAAAGCAGUGACCCUGUGGAGCCUGUCCUGAAACUCUGGAGGGGUUAGGAGAGCUCUUUGGUGCAUUCAGGCUCUCCUAGUAUUCCCACAGAGCCACGCAACCUUUCCUAAAAGCUGCACCUCUAAAACUUCAAUAAAGCAUUAAAGUUGAA